GUUACCAAACCUUCCAAUAUUGCAACUUUUCUCUUUGCAUUUUCAAACGGCAAUCAUUUCCAUUUCCACGUUCCUUCUCCAACACCGCAUACACAGUGAGAAAAAGUUAGAUCCCAUCGCCAUCGCAAAACGCGAUCAAAAGAUGGCGUCUUUAGUACUCACUUCCUCCCUCAACAUCCGCUUCCGCCCACUCCCAACUCCCAAACCUCGCUGCCCCACCCCAAAAUCCCUCCGUUUGAAUUCAAGAUCUGUAAUAAAAUGCAGCGUUAACAAUUCUAACAACCCACUUAAUCCUCAAAAAAAUAAAGAUUUCAAUCCAUUAAUUUCCCAAAAAUCGACAUUCUUAAAUCAUUCCCCGAAAAGGGACUCAAUUAUAAUCAAUUCUGCCUCUACAGCUGCCACGCCAGCUCCUCAGCAGCAGCCAUGGCAGGGGGCUGCUAUGAGGCCACUUAUAGCGUCUAUAGCCACAGGAGUUAUCCUAUGGCUUAUUCCGGCGCCAGACGGAGUAUCGCGCAUUGCGUGGCAGUUGUUGUCUAUAUUUUUGGCUACCAUAGUUGGAAUAAUAACUCAGCCAUUGCCGUUGGGAGCUGUGGCGUUGAUGGGUCUUGGCGCGUGUGUUCUGACCAAAACCCUCACUUUUGCUGCUGCCUUUUCAGCUUUUGGCGAUCCCAUUCCUUGGUUGAUUGCUUUGGCCUUCUUUUUUGCACGUGGGUUUAUUAAGACAGGUUUAGGAAACAGAAUUGCGUAUCAAUUUGUUUCGUUAUUUGGAAGCUCAUCUUUAGGAUUGGGUUACAGUUUGGUUUUUAGUGAAGCCCUUUUGGCUCCGGCUAUUCCAUCGGUUUCGGCCAGGGCUGGAGGGAUUUUUUUGCCAUUAGUGAAGUCACUGUGUGUGGCUUGUGGUAGUAAUGCUGGUGAUGGGACUGAACAUAAAUUGGGGUCAUGGCUAAUGCUGACAUGCUUCCAAACGUCCGUGAUUUCGUCGUCCAUGUUUUUGACUGCCAUGGCUGCGAAUCCAUUAGCCGCCAACUUGACUUCCAGCACAAUAAAUCAGACCCUCGGGUGGAUGGAUUGGGCAAAGGGUGCAAUUGUGCCUGGAUUGGUGUCGUUGAUUGUGGUCCCAUUGCUUUUGUAUGUGAUCUAUCCACCUACUGUGAAGAGUAGCCCUGAUGCGCCUAAGCUUGCCAGGCAGAAAUUGGAAAAGAUGGGGCCCAUGUCAAAGAAUGAGCUUAUCAUGGCUGGAACUCUACUUCUCACGGUGGGGCUCUGGAUUUUUGGAGGUACACUAAACAUCGAUGCUGUUACUGCAGCAAUUCUUGGAUUAUCUGUUCUCCUUGUGACUGGUGUUGUCACGUGGAAGGAAUGCCUAGCUGAAUCUGUCGCUUGGGACACUCUUACCUGGUUUGCUGCACUUAUUGCUAUGGCUGGGUAUCUAAACAAAUAUGGUCUCAUCUCCUGGUUUAGCCAAACUGUUGUGAAGUUUGUUGGCGGACUGGGACUUCCAUGGCAAUCAUCUUUUGGCAUUCUGAUUCUUCUUUACUUCUAUUCCCACUAUUUCUUUGCAAGUGGGGCUGCUCACAUUGGUGCCAUGUUCACGGCAUUCUUAUCUGUAGCUAGUGCUUUGAGUACACCACCAUACCUUGCAGCCAUGGUCCUCUCAUUUCUAUCAAAUCUUAUGGGUGGUAUUACCCAUUACGGGAUUGGAUCAGCACCUGUGUUUUAUGGUGCUGGCUAUGUGCCGCUUACCAAAUGGUGGGGCUACGGAUUCUUGAUCUCAGUAGUCAAUCUAAUUGUCUGGCUUGGAGUAGGUGGGGUGUGGUGGAAGGCCAUCGGUUUGUGGUAGACCUGCGGAUUAGCUCAAUUGCGAAUCCAAUGGUGCUGGCUAUGUGCCGCUUGCCAAAUGGUGGGGCUACGGAUUCUUGAUCUCAGUAGUCAAUCUUAUUGUCUGGCUUGGAGUAGGUGGGGUGUGGUGGAAGGCCAUCGGUUUGUGGUAGACCUGCGGAUUAGCUCAAUUGCGAAUCCAAUUUUCAGUCGUCAUUUUUUAUCACUAUCGUAGCGCGAUUUUGGUUUAGUUUUCUAAUCUUUUUACGAUCAAAUUGAGGUAGGCUUUGGUGGCUUCGAAGGUACUGGUGGUGAGAGAUAUGGUAUACGCAUGGCUAUUUAAUAAUUAUAGCUCAAAUUAGGGUUGUGUUUAAAAUUUUGACGUUGAAAUUGCAAAUUCAAUUAUUUUUAUUGAAUGCCACCUCCUUCAUUUUUUCUCGGUUCC